CGCCGGGGCUGGUUGUGCGGGCGGAGGAGCCUCCCCUCCUCUCAGUAGGAGCCUCGGAGGCGGCGGCGGCGGCACAAUGAGGCGGCGCAGGGGCCGCGGCCUCCGAUAGCGCUUCCUCCCGCUCUCCCUCCCUCCUUUCCCCAUGGGGAACACCGUCACUUGCUGCGUCUCUCCCGGCGCCAGCCCCAAGCUCGGCCGGGCCCGAGGGUCUGUGCUGGGAGGCGGAGGAGGAGGAGGCGGAGGAGGAGGGGGACUCGCGGCGGCGGCGGCAGCAGGCCUAGACCGGCGAGGGACCGCCUACCGGGAGAUCACUGAAGCGGAGUCCGGAGACUCGGACCCCGGCGGGGGCGGGUCCCACCUGCAGCAUAUCAGCGACCGCGAGUUCCCGGAUGAUUUAGCAUUGGAGUCAAAUCCAUCUGACCAUCCUCGAGCAAGCACAAUUUUCUUGAGCAAAUCCCAAACAGAUGUGAGAGAGAAGAGGAAAAGCAACCACAUUAACCAUGUUUCCCCAGGGCAGCUUACAAAAAAAUACAGUUCAUGUUCAACAAUAUUUAUAGAUGACAGCACAGUCAGCCAGCCUAAUCUUAGGAGCACAAUAAAAUGUGUUACAUUAGCAAUAUACUAUCACAUAAAGAACAGGGAUUCAGAUAGAUCACUGGAUAUUUUUGAUGAGAAGUCCCAUCCACUCACGCGUGAAGAAGUUCCAGAUGACUACUUUAAGCAUGACCCUGAUCACAAGCACAUCUAUCGCUUUGUACGUACCCUUUUUAGUGCAGCGCAGCUGACGGCUGAAUGUGCAAUAGUGACACUGGUUUACUUGGAAAGGCUUUUAACCUAUGCAGAGAUUGACAUCUGCCCAAGUAAUUGGAAGAGAAUAGUUCUAGGUGCUAUACUGCUGGCUUCGAAAGUGUGGGAUGAUCAGGCCGUAUGGAAUGUGGAUUACUGCCAAAUUCUGAAGGAUAUUACAGUGGAAGACAUGAAUGAGAUGGAAAGACACUUCUUGGAGCUGUUGCAAUUCAAUAUCAAUGUUCCUGCCAGUGUUUACGCCAAAUACUACUUUGACCUUCGCUCCUUAGCAGAUGACAACAACUUGAGCUUUCUGCUGGAGCCCCUUAGUAAAGAGCGGGCGCAGAAAUUGGAGGCCAUCUCCAGGCUGUGUGAGGACAAAUACAAAGAUUUGUCAAAAGCUGCUAUGAGACGAUCGUUCAGUGCUGAUAACUUAGUUGGCAUUCGCCGUUCUAAUGCAAUCCUCUCUUGAGCAAGAUGGAAAGCUGCGGCAUUGUGGCACCAGCAUUCCUACGAACAGGAAUACCACCUUCACUCCCAGCUCACAGGUCAGCAGUGGCGGCAUCUUCCAGCCCGAGCGCGGGGUGAGCAAAUCCAGCCAAGGAAGUCCAGAGGAGCAUAAUAAUUCCAUGGGGCGCGGGGGGGCGGGGAGAUGGGACCUCGACAAAUGGGCACACUCCUUUCAAACUCCAGAAACGCAAGAACAUUUUGGAGAGUGUUUUGUUUCCUUUUUCUCCUCACCCCCUCCCCCAAUCCACAGACAUUUGCUUACUGUGUAGGCCUAUAGCUGUGAACUAUGUGAGUUUUUAAUAAUGACUAGUUUUAAUUUUAGAAUUUGAACGUUAACACGGCAAGAGUCACAAUGUUUCCCUCCCUCAGUCAACCAGGUCCUGGCUGCAGUUGCCUUUCAGAGUCAGUGCAGUGCUCCUGCUCAUACAGUGUAUGUAAAGCCACUCUGGAAACUGUGCUGUAGCACCAAAAACUGACUGGUUCUUCUCCCAUCCCACUCCUUGCACCACACAUUCACUAACAAGGCUGUUUGAUUGGGACAUUGGUAUUCAGUAACAGACCAAGGAGCUGCUAAACAGUUAGCUAUAUUCCCUGCAUAAACACAGUGUCUCUCUUUUGACAUUGUCGGGAAUUGGAAUUGUCUUUCGACUGGAACAAAGAAAUGGCGUUCUGUGUUCACUGGGAGGAAAACGAGUUGGUCAGGGGCCACUUCUUGUCAGCUAUGGUGUUUCCCAUGUCCUUGCCCUUCUAGGCCUGGCCUGGAAGAAACACUGUCCAUAAUACACUGUUUUUCUUUUUGGCUGAAAUUCUGAAUAGAACUGCAUUGAAAGCUUAACUUGAACAAAUAAACUGGUUUGGUAAUCGAUGGACAAUAAGGCUGCUCUGCGAAACUUUUCUACUGCAAACAAUGGAUAUGGAGCACGUUUUUGCUUUUGUCCUGUGCUUCCAAAAAGCUUUAGAUUCACAGUGGGGAAGUCUUUUGAUGGCCCUGGCCUUGUUGAUGAGGGAGGCAUGAUAAUCUUUAGUUCAUUUAAUUGCCUUUUAAAAGACUUCUUUUCUUUAAAGCCUGGUAUUUAAUGCCCCUUGUUCUGGAAGUGAACUACGGAAAGCUGAGUUUUCCUCUAAAGCUAGUUUGCUCUUCCAGAAAAGGAGUUUUGCUCCAAAAAUUAGGAAGCAUAAAAAAACUUACCUGGACUGCAGAUCUUCACAGUUUCAGGUCAAAAUAUGUAAAUCAUUUGUAUUUCAAAACAAUUUCAAUAACAGGUGCAGUGCAAACUCCUGUUCAGCCUCUCUUACAAUAGUUGUAUUAAUGCCGAGCCCAACUUGCUUCUCGAGUGUACACAGGCCAUCAGACUGUUAUAGUCUCAUGCAGUAUUUUAACUUACCAGCCCCAAGCAGGCGUUCUACGGAGUCUGUGGUUUCAGGUAUUGAUCACAAUUCAAUUUUGAAACAAAUGCUACAUCUUCAGGUGGCUUUUCUUUCUCAUGUUUGUAUUAAAAGAGAAGCUAAUAAUAAACUCUAUUUUAAUUAA